AUGCAGCGACGGACCGUCUGGACAACCACCUCACAAAACUUCAGUUUAAUCGUGCUCUUUUUCUUUUUUCGGCCAUGUUUUCUAGGUGAUGAUAAUCCUACAGCUACCAUCGAGGCACCAUCAGUACAAGUUACGACAGGAGGCACGGAGGAGACGGAACCGGCACCAGCAUCAGCACCAGCAGAACCAGGAGCACCACCAACCACGGCAGCACCGGCGGUACCGUCCAAUGCAGGUUCUACAGGCACAUCCUCAGCAACAACCACAACAUCUGCUGCAGCAACGACCCCGAACCCGAACCCAGAUCAAUCGGGCAGUAGUGGCAGUUUCAGUGAUGCGGAUUUGGCGGAUGGAGUGUCUGGUGGGGAAGGAAAAGAAGGUGGUGAUGGUACUGCCCAAGGCAGUGGAGGAGGUCAAUCCUCUGGUCCCAGUUCUACUGGUGACCAAAACCCAGGUUCCUCAGGGCCGGGUUCUACUGCUGACCAAAACCCUGGUUCCUCAGGACCCGGAUCCGAGCCUGCCAUUACAUUGUCGACUGGACAGACUACGUCGACUAAAGUGACUACUGAGAUUACGUCCAUCUCCCAGAAUGAUCAACCUGCACAGAACACACCAGGAGAAGGCGCAGUAGCUGGUGGUGGAAUAACCUGGGAUGACCUUAUCCCCUAUACCCCCGCGAUCAUUCCCGCGGUGGUUGGUAUUGGCAUCAUUGCGUUCUUCCUAUGGAAGUACAUUGCGUACCUCGCCAAACGACGACGAAAAUACCGAACCGUUCGUGACGUGCCGUCACCUGCACUCGACGAAGAAAUAUUGCAGCAUUUACAACGCGGCGAACUACCGCCACCCGAUUACGGGUACACCAUCGUUAGGGAUAGGCAACCUGCGUCAAUAUCCGGUAGCGGCCGCCCGCCACGCGUGAAUCGCGGCACCAUCAUCGAGCUACAUUUAGAAGUGCUCAACGCAUGUGAGGUGGCCAAAUGGGAUAUGGUGAAAGAGGACUAUUGCCACAUACUUGUGCACGAGUUUGCACAGGAGUUGAUGCGGGACGAGGCAACGAAUAACAAUAUCUUGGGUGUUUCUACCUCAGACCAUGGUUCUCCAAGGACCAAUGUUUCCUCCACUGACUUCGACGGAACGGACGCAUCUCCAGAUGAUGACCCCGAUCCAUGGAGUUGCAUGGAAACCAUACAGUUAGAAGAAGAGGGGACUCCUUCUCCCCCUCCAUUCUCUUCCCCGGGGAAUGAAACCCGGGGACCCGACCACAUUAAUUGGAUUAACUGGAUUGACCGCAACAAACAUAUUCUGCGGGAGUGCACGACACAGCCGUGGUUUUUGCAAUUAAACGCGGAUUGGAAACAAUACUAUCAACAACAUGCGACAGACGACGUAUGCGGGUACCGUGAACUCGGUGAGGCACCCACCCCGCCGAUGCAGAAAUUGGAUCUGUGGAAAGAAUGGGUUGCCCAACAACAUCGGCAAAUGAGUACAUACAGUGAAGAGGAGUGGUUUCAACAUUUGUUGCAUACUGUAGAGGACCAGACAGUGCUGGCAACACGCGACAUACCUCCAGCAGAAAAACACUUAGAAGUGGAAACACUAAUGGCCGCAGAAGAUAUGCUAACAGUCAGGGCUGUUCCACGGACGGAACCACUGCAUCCGCAACCUUACAUGAAAAAACGGGUAACCGCUAAAAUAUGGAUACUGAUCCUGGCGGCCGUAAUCGAACACUGCGAGCUCGAACGCAAUUUGCAGCAGACGGAGUUAUAUGUAGAUGACCUAUUGCAGCAACUGUGA